CGCAGUAUGAAAAAGAAGCAGGAAAUUUAAGGUCUCUCGAUGGUUCUUUUCCGCUCUCCGCCAUUCUUCCGCACCGGAAGUUGUGUUUAUGUCAGAUAAAAAACUAUCCCCCGAAGCUAGCAUGUACGGAUCUCGGGCGCGAAACGGCUACGCUGAUUUUCAGUUUCCCUCUUUGCGCAGACGAUCGUUGUAACGCCGUGCAGCUUGCAUUUGGACGCGAUCUCCUCCGAACGGGCCGUUUCUAGCAAGAGUCCAGGAAAAGAAUUAAGGGGGAGCAGUCAUCCUUUAACGGAAAGAACAACACCUAUAUCGUGUGACGUAAUCCUUCUGAAGACUGGAGCUUGAUAUCGCAUGUGAAUCGCCAAUCUGAUUCUGACUCACAGAUUACGUCACCGGUCAACCAACUGGACUAUGGCAGGUGCUGAAGAAUCAAACGACACCGAAAAGAAGAAUGGAAAUGUGGAAAAACAAGCGACGCAGUCAUCGACGAAAUCAACCACAGUGAAACCCGUGAAAGUCAAAGUCGAGAUCGUUGCUGACGAUGAGGAUGACGAAGAGGACGUCGACGUUGACGAGAAGUGCCGCCGGAAAGACUCGAAAGCGAUAUUGAUUCCAAAUGGAAAGACACCACCAGUUCAGAAAAGGGAGACGGAUGAUGGCGUUGGCGAUGUCGGACGAGUCACUAGCCGCAGAAGUUCAGACAAUACAGGCGACAACGGGACUUUUUCAGGAUCGAUAGAGAACGAAGAAACUGGGUCUGACGAUCUCAAUCAUGAUCGCUAUUCCCCGUUCGAAGGAAUGUGUGAGAGCUCGGAGAGCGACUACUUUAGCCCCAUACAGGACCAGAACGGGAACGUGGUACUGGAAGUAGCCUGCGGAUCAAACAGCGCGUUACUCUACGUCAACAAACUCUGCCAGGGCUCCAAAGGACAGUGUGUCCUCUUCGAGGACCGGUGGUACACACCAAACGAAUUCCAGUUUAUCAGCGGGCGAGAGACGGCUAAGGAUUGGAAGAGGAGCAUCCGACAUCGCGGCAAAAGUCUCAAGAUUCUGAUGGGGCGUGGCCUCCUCAUGGCACACCCACUCAUGUGUGAGUGCGACACCUGCCGAUUGAACUUCGCUUCUAAAGGACUACGAACUGCUGAUCGACGAAGCGCAGUGUCGACGUCAACGACCAAUUCGAACGGAUCGUUAGCGUUGGUUGAUAGAUCGAGACUUCGACGCACAACGGGACCAGACGGUGAGGGUGGUCACCUCAACGAAAUCAUCGACCAGCUUCAACACAGCAACAGCAACGGCUACUCCAACGGCAAUCACCACGUCUACGACAACGGUCGUAAACGAUCUCUAGGGGUGGACAACGUGAGUCCUACGGGGUCAAGCCCGUCGUCGUCGAUGCAGUGUGGACUUGCCCUAGUCAAGCGACCACGGAGUGUCUCGCCAAGGGACGAUGAUAUCUAUGACGAGCAGCAACGGAAGAUUUUUGAGGCCGCGAACUCGCCGGAGCCUCAAAACAUAGAAAACCUUCGUCGUUCACUCAACAUGAGCUCAAGCCGCUCCAACUCCCCAUCAAGCGGAGACCGUAACUCACCCAGCACCGGAUCGCAUCACUCUUUCUACGGUAGUCAUGGCACCGGACGCAACGCGCCAACCGUAAUGGUCGCCGCAUCGGUAAACAGCAACAACACCACCCCGGUAACGAACGGAGCGGGGCCCGCAGAUCUCAGCCGUAACUCAUCCGCUUCGCCGCAGAGCGCUGAGAACGUCUCGCCGACGAGGUUGCUGAUUUCGCAACCGCCGCAGAUGAUGGUGAAACACCAGACGAAAUCCCGUAAACAGACCGCACCGCAGCAUCUGGAUGUCGGGAACCAUGGAGACGAGGCCCAUCCACAGCGGUCAGCUCACAUCGUUCUGUCAAAUUAUUCCGGUCAACAAUAUAAAGCCAACGCUGCAGUUCGACCAAGAUAUCAAUCGACGCCCGUCUACAAUCAUCGCAGCACAACCAACUCGUCUACUAACCAUCACGCCACGGGCAGCUCCGGGGAGCUUAAUCUCUCGACAAACGGUGGUUCGCGAAGAACGCACUCCUCCACACUGACACCGGUAACGCGAGGACCGUCACAGCGAGCUCCGGGCACGCCGUUGAAGAUGAUCGAGCUAACCCGUCCCGAGAUCGUUCCCUCGUCUAGCAGUGGAUACAGCAGUAGACCGAGUAGCACGCAUAGCAGCUCCAAUACAGGUGAAGAAGGCAGAUCGCAUACUCCACUUCUUUCUUCAAUUGGCAACACUGAUGCAGUCUUUCUCCCGGCAGAUUUAACUUCAUGGUCCAUCUCCGAUGUUUCCCACUUUGUGCAGUCACUGAAGGGGUGUGAAGACUACUGUCCAGUAUUUCGUGAGCAGGCCAUCGAUGGUGAGAUCCUCCCCGUACUUACAGAAGAUCACCUUCUUCACAACAUGGGUCUCAAGCUGGGCCCUGCCCUCAAGAUCAGGCUCCACGUUGCCCGACGCCUUGGCUUCACGCUGGACGGUCAGUACUGCAAUACCAUUGCACCUCCCCCUCCUACUUCUCACACACCCCAGCUACCACCACCAUCGUUGACACCUCAGGAAUCUACAGGUACCCCUGCCCCGCCCGGCCCAUCGACGCCCGGGACAGCUAGUACAAAACCAGCUAGUGAGGUGUUUACAGAGGAUGAUUAGCACUUAGGAGGUGCCUUUACCUAUUAUUGACUACCAGUAUGUGACUGCUUUUGCCUGUGCCUCUGAAUAAUUUAUGCAAUUUUAUCGGUUGUGGCCUUUUUUUUGGGGGGGGGAGCGUGUGUACUUGGAAAUGUUACAUUAAAAAAGGAUGAAUAUAAGACGAUAUUUAUAAUUUUUACUAAACUGGCCAACUCGCAAAGAAUAUAUUUUGAGUAAUUUUGAGGAUGAGUCUUUCAGAUGGAAUAAGAGGUCUGAUCAAAUCGACAGCUGGUACUGCAAUAUCACUACUUCAUAACUCCUUAUUCAUGGCGAUCAAA